AUGUCGGCAACCCCCCGCAAGUCUGGGACUCCAGGGAGUGCCCCCAAGUCGUCUACUUCGGACAGCAACACAGUGAACGGUACGGGGUCGCGAGUCCAUUCGCGAUCGCCUAGUGCUUCUACAAACGGUUUAUCUCGGUCGCCUUCCCUCCGUGGCUCGACUCCUGUUUCCGCGCGCGCUGCGGCCAGGAAGCCAGGUCGCUCCAGCCUCAGCGUGUCCAAUGUCCCCAAAGUGGCAAGUGAUUCGUCUGAAGAGGAAGCGCGGGCUCAGAAUGCAGCCCUGAUCGAAGACCUGAAGCAACAGUUGCAGAAAGCCGAGUCUGCGUCUGAGCAGUAUCGCAAGCAACUCGGUGUCUUGCAAAUGCGACUCGAUGAGGCGAUCAGCGAGCAAGGCAAAUUGGAGGACCAGGGCCAUGAGAGGGACAGCAAGAUUGAAGCCCUCAAUGGGGAGAUCAGGGAUCAUGUCCGUCAGAUCCGGGAUUUGGAACAAGCACAUGAGAUGGAGCGGAACGCCAUGCUGCAGGAAAAGGAACAGCAUGCAAGCCGCGAGGAAGAAAUGCAGGCGACGAUUCAGCGCCUGAAAGAAUCUCUGGCCCAAAAGGAAAUGCGUAUCAACGCUGAUAACGACAAGAAUAUCUCCCGUUCUUCCAGUUUCCGAAAUCGGUCCUCCCCCGACGUAGAUGGGCAGUUCGCGCCUUCAUCCCAGAUUGAGCGAAGCCCGUCGCGAAACAAUUCGAAGCUGCUCUUGCAGAAAGAUAAGCUCAUCGAAUCCCUCCGUCUCGAAUUGGCCGAAUCGCAGAUCAAACUGGUAGAGAUGGAGAACAUGGGGGGCGGCCGGCAACGUGAACUUGAAAAGGAGCUUCUGGAGGCCCGUAUGGCCAAUGCUCGCUUGAUGGAAGACAACGAGAGCUACCAGCUACUGCUGAGCGAAAGAACGCUGAACGGAGACUUUACCAAGGGUGAUUUCAUGAGAGAUGCCCACCCUGAUUAUGAUGAUGAGAAGGAACCCAGCAGCGGUUUGGGCUCGCUGGCUGACGAGCUCGAGUCCGUAGAUGCGAAAGCGGAAACCGACCACACCCGCAAACUCGAAACGGAGAUUAAGGUCCUCAAAGAUGAAAAGAAGGCCUUGACUUUGUAUAUUGAGCGCAUAAUCAGCCGUCUUCUGCAGCACGAGGGCUUCGAGACCAUUUUGGACAAGAACGAGACUGGACCUCAACCGAGCGCGAAGGGGGUCUCCUCGUUGAUUGACAAGGACCUGCCCCCCACUCCUCCAGAAAAAGAUGAUGCAUCCUCGCAGACGCUGCUUCAGAGAGCGAGAUCAGUUGUCGGGGGCCCAAACCAGCGUGCUCAGCACAGAUCUACCCCAUCAACUUACAACAUGCCCCCUCCAACAAGUAUUCCGACCGCUCAUGAGAACCCAGAAACAGCCCCGAGUAUUCCUCUCAAGGGUGGUCCACCCGGCCGUGGUCAUCGCAGAACAAGAUCAGACCAAGCAGAUGUUGGAGCGGCAGCCGUUGUCGGGCAGAUUUACCGUGGACGCAACUCUGGAGGGCCCAUCAGUCCAACCAUGAUGGGCCCCGGAUCUCGCCAGAGUGUGUUUUCGGGCGCAAGCUACAUGUCGAGCAUGAGUACUCGUGCACCGUCUCUCUCUAGCCAGCCUGAGCGCGGCCGAAUCAGCAGCUCGAAUAGUAUCACCAGCGACCCCCAUGAUACGGCCUCCACUGGUGCCACUUCGAACUCACCUCGAUCCAGCACCGGCAUGACGAACUAUACCGGAGCAGUGAUGACGCAGAAUAAAUUGCGUCCACUGCGACUCGUCAGUGAGACAAAGGCUGCCGAGGAAGAGGAAGCUGCUCGAAAGAAAGGUAACCGCGGAAGCUGGAUUUCGUGGUUCAACCGCCCAAACACUGGGGAUGCAUCGCAGCCGCAACCGCAACCGCAACCGCAACCGCCUCAAAAUUGA